AUGUCAAAUCAAAAUCCAGUUUUAAGUGAUACAGAAGAGAUGGAGGAAAAUGAUUCGGAUACUUCAGUGGAACUGGAAGACUUGAAUAACCCCUCAACUUCAACUUCUACUCCAAAGACAAAAAAAUCAAAACUAAAUCGAUCCAGCACGACACAGGAUGAUGAUGAUUCGGAUACUUCAGUGGAACUGGAAGACUUGAAUAACCCCUCAACUUCAACUUCUACUCCAAAGACAAAAAAAUCAAAACUAAAUCGAUCCAGCACGACACAGGAUGAUGAUGAUUCGGAUACUUCAGUGGAACUGGAAGACUUGAAUAACCCCUCAACUUCAACUUCUACUCCAAGACAAAAAAAAUCAAAGCUAAAUCGAACAACUCCCAAAAAAUCAAAGCUAAUCGAACAACUCCCCCCAAAAUCAAAGCUAAAUCGAACAACUCCCAAAAAAUCAAAGCUAAAUCGAACAACUCCCCAAAAAUCAAAGUCAAACCGAACCAACACCCGUCAACGAACACGGGGAACCUCACCAGGCCCAGACACUAGAAGGAGAUCAUCUUCGGAUAUUGGAUAUAACAAAC